AUGGAUCCUUUCUCUGCAGAAGGCGAGCUCCUCAACAUCCACAAUGCCUUCCACUCGGGCCAGUACCAGAACGUGAUCGACUUCGAUGCCGCCGCUCUCUCCUCCGACAACCAACUGACCGCUCGUGUGCUCAAGCUGCGCGCCCAAAUUGCCCUCGGCCAGGCCAGCGAAGUCCUGGCUGACGUCUCCGGCGAAGAGGCCAGCCCCGACCUGGCUGCCGUGAAGGCGCUGGCCCAGCAGACCACCGGCGAUGCCGAAGCCGCCCUGCAGUUGGCUCAGGAUCUCGCCGAGAACUACCCGGAUAACGGCACCGUCGAGGUCCUCGCCGGGACGGUGCUGCAGGCCCAGGGCCGCAGCGAGGAGGCGAUCGCGCUGCUGUCCAAGCACCAGGGCAACCUCGAGGCUGUCGCCCUGAUUGUCCAGAUUCAUCUGCAGCAAAACCGCUCCGAUCUCGCGCUCAAGGAAGUCCAGGCCGCCAAGCGCUGGGCCCAGGACUCGCUGCUGGUCAACCUGGCUGAGUCGUGGGUUGGCAUGAGAGUUGGCGGCGAGAAGUAUCAGUCUGCCUUCUACGUCUUCGAGGAACUCGCCUCCGCUCCCAGCACCUCCGCACCGUUGUCCAUUGUCGGCCAGGCCGUCGCCGAACUGCACCUCGGCCGCCUGCCCGAGGCUGAAGCCGCCCUGACCGCCGCUCUGGAGAAGUACCCGGCUGACGUGGAGUUGAUUGCCAACACAAUUGUGCUGAAUGUGCUUGCGGGCAAGCAGACCUCGGACCUGGAGUCCCGGCUACAGCAAGCCCAGCCCUCGCACGCUCUCCUUGUCGACAUCCAAGAAAAGAGCAAGUUCUUCGAUGGCGCAGCUGCCAAGUACUCGCCCCGAGUGUCGUCGUAG